AUGUCAAAAUCUGGAGAAAUUGCUCAGGAAUUUACAAAGUUGAUAGGUAAUUUUAAAGCAGAAUUGGAAAAGUUAAAAGAAGCUGAAGAGUUAGCGAGUAAGGAAUUAAUUGAAAAAAUAAAGUGUGAAGAAGAAAACAAAUAUGAAGAAUUAAAAAAAAAAAGCUUGCAACAAAUUGAAGAAGAUGAAAAAUUAGCAUAUAUGGUACAAGAAGAAUUAAAAAAUGUAAGUCCCAAAAAAAUUUGA